AGGGCUGCGGGCAGGGAGGCCGCCGGCGCGGUGCGGGGCGCAGAGGUUGCGCCGAGGAUGGAGAGAGCGAUGGAGCAGCUCAACCGCCUCACGCGCUCCCUCCGCCGCGCGCGCACCGUGGAGCUGCCGGACGAUAAUGAAACUGCUGUUUACACGUUAAUGCCAAUGGUUAUGGCAGAUCAGCAUAGGUCUGUUUCUGAACUACUAUCAAAUUCAAAGUUUGAUGUCAAUUAUGCAUUUGGACGCGUGAAAAGAAGCUUGCUUCACAUUGCUGCAAAUUGUGGAUCGGUGGAAUGUCUGGUUUUGCUGUUGAAGAAAGGAGCAAAUCCUAACUAUCAAGAUAUUUCAGGCUGUACACCGCUUCAUUUGGCAGCUAGAAAUGGACAGAAGAAAUGUAUGAGUAAAUUACUAGAGUACAGUGCUGAUGUCAACAUUUGUAACAAUGAAGGCCUUACAGCAAUCCACUGGCUGGCUGUGAAUGGGCGGACGGAACUGCUCCACGACCUUGUGCAGCACGUGAGUGACGUGGACGUGGAGGACGCCAUGGGGCAGACGGCACUGCACGUGGCCUGCCAGAACGGUCACAAGACGACAGUGCAAUGCUUGCUAGACAGUGGUGCUGAUAUUAACAGGCCCAAUGUGUCCGGAGCCACUCCACUGUACUUUGCUUGCAGUCAUGGCCAGAGAGACACAGCCCAGAUUCUUCUGUUACGAGGAGCCAGAUACCUGCCAGAUAAAAAUGGAGUGACUCCUUUAGAUUUGUGUGUACAGGGUGGCUACGGAGAGACUUGUGAAGUAUUAAUUCAGUACCACCCUAGGCUUUUUCAGACAAUUAUCCAGAUGACACAGAAUGAAGAUCUUCGUGAAAACAUGUUGCGACAAGUUUUGGAACAUUUGUCUCAGCAAAGUGAAAGCCAGUACUUAAAGAUUUUAACAAGUCUUGCUGAAGUCGCGACCACAAAUGGUCACAAACUGCUGAGCUUAUCCAGCAAUUAUGAUGCUCAGAUGAAGAGCCUUUUAAGGAUUGUGAGGAUAUUUUGUCAUGUCUUUCGAAUUGGUCCAUCUUCUCCCAGUAAUGGAAUUGACAUGGGCUACAAUGGGAAUAAAACUCCAAGAAGCCAGGUUUUCAAGCCUCUUGAAUUGCUUUGGCAUUCAUUAGAUGAAUGGCUAGUUUUAAUAGCUACAGAACUGAUGAAAAAUAAAGAGGACUCAACGGACAUCGCUUCUAUUUUACUGAAACAAAAAGGCCAGGAUCAAGAUGGAACUUCCAUUCCUCCAUUUGAAACUCCAGGACCUGGGAGCUAUGAAAGUCUCUCCGAUGGCAGAAGGGAAUCUAAACCAGAUGCUCUGGAAGGGAGACAGGAAGCCAGUGCCGACUGCCAGGAUGUCAUUUCUAUGACAGCUAACCGGCUAAGUGCUGUCAUUCAAGCUUUUUACAUGUGCUGUUCUUGCCAGAUGCCUCCGGGAAUGACUUCUCCCCGUUUCAUUGAAUUUGUUUGCAAACAUGAUGAAGUUUUAAAAUGCUUUGUUAAUAGAAAUCCCAAAAUUAUAUUUGAUCACUUUCACUUCCUCCUCGAAUGUCCUGAGUUGAUGUCAAGGUUCAUGCAUAUCAUAAAAGCCCAGCCAUUUAAAGAGCGCUGUGAAUGGUUCUAUGAACACCUGCAUUCCGGGUUACCAGAUUCAGACAUGGUGCACAGGCCAGUGAAUGAAAAUGAUAUCCUCCUGGUUCACAGAGAUUCUAUUUUUAGGAGUAGCUGUGAAGUUGUAUCCAAAGCAAACUGUGCAAAGCUAAAACUAGGGAUUGCUGUACGGUUCCAUGGAGAAGAAGGCAUGGGUCAAGGUGUUGUGCGUGAGUGGUUUGAUAUUCUGUCUAAUGAGAUAGUCAAUCCUGAUUAUGCCUUGUUUACCCAGUCAGCUGACGGAACUACUUUUCAACCUAAUAGCAAUUCCUAUGUGAACCCUGAUCAUUUGAAUUAUUUCCGGUUUGCUGGACAGAUCUUGGGAUUAGCUUUGAACCAUAGGCAGCUGGUCAACAUUUACUUCACACGAUCUUUCUACAAGCACAUUCUUGGCAUCCCUGUGAAUUACCAAGAUGUAGCAUCCAUUGAUCCAGAAUAUGCCAAAAACCUGCAGUGGAUUCUGGAUAAUGAUAUCAGUGACCUGGGCCUAGAAUUAACUUUUUCAGUUGAAACUGACGUGUUUGGAGCAAUGGAAGAGGUGCCUUUAAAACCCGGAGGUGGGAGUGUUCUUGUGACUCAGAAUAACAAAGCAGAAUAUGUCCAGCUUGUUACUGAACUCCGAAUGACGAGAGCCAUUCAGCCUCAGAUCAAUGCCUUUUUACAGGGCUUUCAUAUGUUCAUUCCUCCCUCCUUGAUUCAACUUUUUGAUGAGUAUGAGUUGGAACUUCUGCUUUCUGGCAUGCCAGAAAUUGAUGUGAGUGAUUGGAUAAAAAAUACAGAAUACACAAGUGGCUAUGAAAAAGAAGAUCCAGUUAUUCAGUGGUUCUGGGAAGUGGUGGAAGACAUUACUCCAGAGGAGAGAGUGCUUCUCUUGCAGUUCGUCACUGGCAGUUCCAGAGUCCCGCAUGGUGGGUUUGCUAACAUCAUGGGUGGAAGUGGAUUGCAAAACUUCACGAUCGCCGCCGUGCCGUAUACACCAAAUCUGUUACCGACUUCAAGCACAUGCAUCAACAUGCUCAAGCUACCUGAAUACCCAAGUAAGGAGAUACUGAAGGACAGACUUCUUGUGGCGCUGCAUUGUGGCAGCUAUGGUUACACAAUGGCGUGAAGUCUGGGAAGGAAGGUCGCAGGACGACGGCCUCGCAAUCCCGGGUGGCGGAAGUGUUUCAGGAAACAACUGCAAAGCAGCCUCCAUGCAGCCCAUAGGCAGGGGCUGAUGUUGAAAAUUCGUGAAAGAGCAGGGUUUUCUCCUGCCCCCUCCCCCCAGCCAUUGCUCAUUAUGUUUUCUUUGUUUCUGAUACAACUAGAAAAUAAGAAAAUCACAAUAGUCUUCAUUUUAAUAAAUGGUCAUUGAAAGUAGUAGAAAUUGUUCUUUUUAUAUGUCUUUGAUUUUUAUCUAAAAUUGUGUUAAGGUCAACUCUUACAUUCCACUCCUGCUAUGUAACUGUCUUUUCCUUUUCUUCUUUUUAAAUUUUUUUUUCUCUUAUUUUCCUAAAUGUUAAGUUACAUUAGGACGACCAGGCUGGUAUGUCCUAUUGCAUGGAAAGUGCCAUUUAUAUUUUGGAAAACUAUUGUAUAGAAUGAUUGACUUAGUUUGUGUAUAAAAACCACAAAUAUGUAUUUUUCCCAUAUCAAGUCUAUAUUGCAAUGAUGUUUUUUAGCUUUUUAAUAUUUUAAUAUAUAAUGUAAAGUCUGAUGUGACUAACAGCUGACAAAGUGAUAUUGAAUUUAUAUAUUAAAGCUUAUACUGAAUGGUAUGAUUGUUUGUGUCAUUCAGUGGUGAAGUUUCCUUAUAUGUAUAAGCAUUGACCUCAAAGUUUUGUGUUAUCUUAAUUUAUAAUUUGGGUGAAAUUAAAGUAUAAUAUUUUACCUUA